UUAAUAAUUUUUAGAUGAAUUUAAAAAAACUGUUAUGAUUCCUUGUUGAAAUUUUCAAAAUAGUACUUGGAACCACGUAUUUAAAAUGUUAUUCGUGAAUGUCAAAUCAACAUUCAGCUGAAAAAUCCUAAUAUUUGACAUUUCAGCUUGAGGCAAAUCCAAACAUUUAGACAUUUCAGCUCGAGGAGAAGACUAUUCAAAGGUAACUUGGGAUACAAGACACUCUCAAGAUUUUAUUCAUCUUCUUUUUCUUCUAAGGUGUUGUACGUACACAAAGUGGUUAUGGGAUGGGAACUUGGUCCUGACUGGACGGAGUUGACUCAAGAAUGUCUUCUCGACAUCUUCUCACGCCUGAGCCUAGAAGAAAGAUGGAACGGACCGAUGUUCGUUUGCAAGACUUGGAUGAACGGGUGCCAAGACCCGUCGCUCAACUUGGUCUUCGAUCUCGAAACCAAAUUCCAGUCUCUCCCUGGUUCUGUUAGCUGUUGGUGGAGUCCCGAGUUCGGGGACAAAAUCGAUUCUGUCCUCCGGUCUGUUGUGGAUUGGAGCAAAGGCGGUCUAAAGGAGGUUCGAGUCAGGCAUUGUACGGAUAGUUCUAUCUCGUACGUCGCCGAGAGGUGUCCUAAUCUCGAGGUACUUUCGGUUAAGUAUUGCCCUAAGGUUACAGAUGAUUCGAUGUUGAAGAUAGCCUUAAUGUGCCCUAAGCUCAAGGAACUUGAUAUUAGCUUCUCCUACAAAAUAUCUUGUGUGUGUGUGGAUAUGAUUGGCAAGAGCUGCAAGAACAUUCAGACUUUUAAACGGAAUUUGAUAGAUCCAGCCAAGGUCACGAGGUCCGUGCCUAGUAACUAUCUGGAGGAUCCAUCUAUCUUCUUGAUAUAUGGGAAUAUUGAUGCUUAUGUAAUUGGGAAACACAUGCAUCAGCUGAAGCACCUGGAACUUCGAUUCUCCACAUUGUCUGAUAAUGGUCUUGCCCAACUUUGUGAAGGAUGUUUGAAUCUAGAGUAUUUGGACUUGUUCGGGUGUAGUAAGUUGACUAGCGAUGGUGUUACUAACAGUAUCUCCAACUUAAAGCAUUUGAAGGAGAUCAAGAAACCAAUUUUCCCAGCCUUUAUUAUUUGAUUGAGUUUGUAUAAAUUGUGUUACUACUUUUCUUGUUUCUUUUUGUGAUUGGUUUUUAGU